AUGGCAGACCGAUAUGUCGAGUUAUCUCGAGCGCAGCUCACCCCAGACUAUCUACAUGCAAACUCAACCACUCAUGAAUUCCUCUUUGGUGCACUAGCAGAAUUGGUGGAUAAUGCAAGGGAUGCCAGAGCAACGCACCUGAGCAUUUACACAGAAGAGAACGAACAAGGGACAGGGGGCGUAAUGUUGUGUUUUCUGGAUGACGGAGUCGGCAUGGACCCUGAUGAAGCAGCUGAUGUUAUUCAUUUGGGGAAAUCUUCGAAGAGGACAUCAGAUCAUCCAUUCAGUGGACAGUAUGGAAAUGGAUUGAAGUCAGGGGCAAUGAGAAUAGGUAUGGACUUCAUUCUGUUCACCAAGAAAACCAAUACCAUGACCUGCAUCCUGUUAUCUCGAACGUUUUAUGAGAAAGAAGGUAUUGAUGAGGUUAUUGUACCAGUGCCAUCAUGGUUUGUUUCAACUCAGGAAUCCAUAAAAACUGAUGACCAGACGUUUACCCUUGAAAUGGCACUAAUUUAUAAAUAUUCCCCAUUCAGCACCGAGUUCGAUGUCAUGCAACAGUUUCAUAAAAUUACAGGAUCAAGCGGUAAGAGAUGCAAUAAAAGAAAUGGGUAGCGAUUUAUUUAAUGAUGCUCAUACAUUAAUGAAUCCGCUCUGUGAAACAACUCAGAAAGUUCACCAUGUAAAAUAAAACCCAGAUUACUUCAGAAGAUCAACUGAAUAGUUUUUUUUUGUCACGUGUACCGAGGUACAGUGAAAAGCUUUUGUUGCAUGGCAUCCAGUCUGCAGAAAGACAAUACAUGAUUACAAUCGAGCCAUUUACAGUGAAAAGAUACAUGAUA